AUGUUCGCCUUCUACAAAGAGACCUCUCAAACAUUGAAGUACUCAUCAAUUAGGAAAAAUAAAAUCGCAUCAAGUUUAUUAUUAAGUACUUCAUUAACAGCAUCAGCAGCACAACAUUGUCGCUGCUAUACUCAUUUAUCUUCACCGCCCUAUUCGGUGCUGAUUUUUUCAGCUGCCGACAUCCUUUUCCGGCUCAUAGAGGGUUUUGUCGGUCAAGUCGAAGACGUGCAAAAGAAUUGCUUGCGUCAAAUUAUGAGCACACGUCAAUCGAAUCAAGAAAAUUCAUCUAUUUUCGACAGUAAUCGAUCACGCCACCAACAACCAACGCCUUCAAAUAUACCUGCAAAUCAACAAGAACCACUUAAUUCGUCUCCGUCUCAUAGUGAUCAAGCCUCAAAAGCCUGUUGUUUUUGUUGGUGUUGCUGUUGCUCCUGUUCGUGGUAUGUAUAUAUAAAAAAAAAUAAAAAAUAA